UUUAGUAUUGCUUCUCAUACUCUACUAAAACUUUUGUAAGUACGGCUCUUCAAUACUCUACUAAACAUCUUUUUGAGUAUAGUAUGGCUUUUCAUACUAUACUAAUACUCACUUUAUAGUACGGCUCUUCAUACUCUACUCAACGUACUCUUGCAGUUUAGUACGGCUUUUCAUACUCUACUAAACAUACUCUUUGAGUUUAGUAUGGCUUCCUAUACUGUACUAUACUAUCACUUUAGUAUUGCUUCUCAUACUCUACUAAACAUCCUGUUGCGUUUAGUAUGGCUGCCCAUACUCUACUCAGGCCAUAGUACAGCCCACCGUACUCAACUCAGAGUACGUACUACUCAACGUCAGAGUACGUACUACCUUCCACCAAAGGGUGUGUUGGUGACGUCACUAUUCAGCAGAAAGUAGACAGUCUCGCCGCACAGAGUGGUGGUGGGCUCCAGGCUCCGAUACUCGCGCGCUCGCGUACUCAGAUACUGGGGUACUGAGGUAGUGGCCCGCAGGGGAGAUAGUGGCAGCUGAGCAUGAGUGACGCGAGCGGUGGUUCGGCCGCAUCUGCUCCCGAUGCGGAUGGUUCUCCCGGUACGAGUACCCUCGCACCGUGUUCUUCAACACAAGACGCGCAACAAGACAACGAGGUGGUCGUCGUGCCGGGCUCAACGAGUGGAGGAGCGCCACAGCAGUUUAUUAUUGUCACGUUUAGUACAGGUCUUCAUACUCUACUAAGAAUACUGUAGCGUUUAGUACAGCUCUUCGUACUCUACUAAAACUUUUGUAAGUACGGCUCUUCAAUACUCUACUAAACAUCUUUUUGAGUAUAGUACGGCUUUUCACUCUACUCAUACUCACUUUAUAGUAUGGCUCUUCAUACUCUACUCAACAUACUCUUGCGGUUUUGUACGGCUUUUCAUACUCUACUAAACAUACUCUUUGAGUUUAGUACCUAACCUCUGUACUCUACUCAGGUGAGUAGAGUAUUCACCUCUCCCAUACUCUACUCUACUCAACCGUUAGUACAGAUUCUCGAUACUCUACUAAACAUACUCUACUGUACUAAACCUACCCGUGAA